GGCUUUUCUUCUAGCACUGUUUUUACUCACCCCUUUUAUGGCUUUUAAAAUCACCACUAUAAACGUGAGGAGCGUAAAGACAGCAACAAGAGCACAGUCGGUUUUAUCCUUUUUAGAAAGGUUUAACUCUGAUGUGUUUUUACUACAGGAGUGUGGUCUACCCUUUUUAUCCUCUUACAGGAAAUGGGAGGAUAAGUGGCGGCACGGGCCCUCCAUUUGGAGUGGUUCCAAUUUUAACAAGAACGACGGUGUUGCCAUUUUAAUCAAGACCCCACAGGUGGUGGUGAAGGGGAGCACAGUGGUGGAUCGGGAACCAGUGUGUCCAGUGCGCGGGCUCGCUAUAGGUGAGCCCACAACGGUUUGGCGCAACGUGGCCCAUCCUGCUCUCCUGAAUCGGCAUCGGGACCUGUCCUGGAUGGUCGCCCACGAGAUCCUCCCGGUCAGGGCCGUUAUGCACUCACGGGGCAUGGCGAGGACAUCCGCGUGCCCCCGACCAGGCUGCGGCCAAGAAGAGUCGGUGAGGCACAUGCUCUGGGAGUGCAGAGCCGCCAGGGACCUGUGGAAGGAAGCAGGCCCCCUGAUCACCUCGUGUCUGCCAGCAGGGGAGGACCUAACACCUCAGCUCGUGCCCAUUCCAUCGAAGGCCUUCACCAAGCUCUGGCCCACCCUCACGUGCCUGAAGGAAGCACUGUGGUCCUCCCGUAACCUGCUGGUAGCGAAAAACGUAGAGACCACCCCCCAGGCAGUGGCCAUGGUAGCCACGGAAGCCCUGGGGUGGUACGGAAGGAAGGGGGCCUCGACCCCAGGCGAAGGGUCCCCCACAACACCCUAGGUCCCGGCGGCC